CGGUCGCAGCUUCAGGUCGCUCGCCUCCUUUCUUUCUUUUUUUUUUUUUUUUCUGGGCAAGUCUGGCCGGGGUCGAAAGUGAGCGGGACCUCCCACCUGCGUGGAUUAAUGGAGACGCUGCAGUGAUUUUAAAAGGAGGGGGAGGACGAGGACUCCUGAAUAGGAGAAAAGCGCUUGGGAACCGAUCGGAGACCCCCGAUGACUUAGUUCACCUGGCAGUCCGCCGCCUUGAGUCCACGUUUCCCUCCUGGCGACGAUCCAGCGACGACGCUGCUGCCGACUUCUGCGCUCCGUUUUGUUCUACCGUGACAGCUGACCUCCGCGCUGGAUUUCAUCCCUGAGACGGAGCCAAAGCAGUCGCUAGCAAACAAAUCCCGCCUCUCGCCCCAGGAGGGGAAAGUCCGAGGCCAAAAGACAAUCGGGACGAUUGAGCCGGCCGCGUCCGUCGGUCUGCGAGGCUUUGCAAGAGCUUCUUUUGUCGUCAGACCUCGAAAAGCACCCGGUGGAUCGCUGCCCUUUAAAAGGAGAAUCACGGCUGAAUGGAAAGGAAAAGAACCUUCUGACGUCGGCCGAGCUCUGAGGUGGCGGAGGCCGUGACGUGGAAACCCGGCCCAGCGGGGAGCGCCAUGGCUCCCCCGAAGCGCGGCGACGGCGGCGGCGGCGGCGGCGGCCUCUCUUCGCUCUGCUGCUGUUUUAACAACAGCGACCACCCGGAGAUCACAUACAGACUUCGGGAGGACUUCGCCCUGCAGACCAUGGCGCCGGCGCUGCCCAUGCCAGGAUACGAGGAGCUGGACGGGAUGUUCUCCGAGUUGGUGGACGAGCUGGACCUCACCGAGAAGCACCGGGAAGCCAUGUUUGCCCUCCCCGCUGAGAAGAAGUGGCAGAUCUACUGCAGCAAAAAGAAGGAGCAAGAGGAGAACAAGAGUGCAACCAGUUGGCCGGAGUACUACAUCGACCAGCUCAAUUUAAUGGCGGCUCGAAAGACGCUCCUCGCUCUGGAGAACGUGGACGAGGAGGAGAGGAACAAAACCAUCGAGAACUUGAAGACUGCGCUCAGGACUCAACCCAUGAGGUUCGUGACGCGCUUCAUCGACCUGGACGGCCUGACGUGCAUCCUGAACUUCCUGAAGAACAUGGACUACGAGACGGCCGAGUCGCAGGUCCACACGUCGCUGAUCGGCUGCAUCAAGGCGCUGAUGAACAACUCGCAGGGCCGCGCCCACGUGCUGGCGCACGCCGAGAGCAUCAACGUCAUCGGCCGCAGCCUGGCCAGCGACAACGUCAAGACCAAAGUGGCCGUGCUGGAGAUCCUGGGCGCCGUCUGCCUGGUGCCCGGCGGCCACAGGAAGAUCCUGGAGGCCAUGCUGCACUACCAGCGCUUCGCCUGCGAGAGGACGCGCUUCCAGACGCUUAUUAACGAUCUGGACCGGAGCACGGGCCGCUACAGAGAUGAGGUCAACCUGAAAACGGCCAUCAUGUCCUUUAUAAACGCCGUGCUGAGUCAGGGCGCGGGGGAGACCAGCCUGGAGUUCCGGAUCCACCUGCGAUACGAGUUUCUGAUGCUGGGCAUCCAACCCGUCAUCGAUAAGCUGCGUUCUCACGAGAACGCCACUUUAGACAGGCAUUUAGACUACUUCGAGAUGCUGCGGAACGACGACGAGCUGGCUCUGUCGAAGCGUUUUGAGUCGGUCCACGUGGACACCAAAAGUGCCACCCAAGUGUUCGAGCUGAUCCGCAAGAAGAUGAACCACACGGACGCGUACCCGCACUUUAUGUCGGUCCUCCAUCACUGCCUCCUGAUGCCACACAAGAGGAGCGGCAACACGGUCCAGUACUGGCUGCUCCUGGAUCGCAUCGUCCAGCAGAUGGUGCUGCAGAACGACAAGGGCCACGAUCCCGACGCGGCGCCGCUGGAGAACUUCAACGUGAAAAACGUCGUGCGCAUGUUGGUCAACGAGAACGAGGUCAAGCAGUGGAAGGAGCAGGCGGAAAAGAUGCGAAAAGAGCACCACGAGCUGCAGCAGAAGCUGGAGAAGAAGGAGCGCGAGUGCGACGCCAAGACGCAGGAGAAGGACGACAUGAUGCGGACGCUCAACAAGAUGAAGGAGAAGCUGGAGAAGGAGAGCGGCGAGCACAAGAACGUCAAGCAGCAAGUGGCCGAGCUCACCGCGCGCCUCCAGCAGCUCAGCGCCCGACAGGCCACCAUCGUGCCCGGCGGCCCCCCCUUCAUCCCCGGCGGCCCCGCUUCCCCUCCGCCGCCGCCGCCGCCGUCCUUCCCGGGACCGUGCCCGCCUCCGGGCGGGGCUCCGCCUCCCCCGCCUCCGCCCCCGCCGCCGGGCGGCCCUCCGCCGCCGCCCUUGGGCGGCGGCCCCCUGCCGCCGCCCGGGGCCCCGUCGGGCCCCUCCGUGCAGAGGAAGAACAUCCCGCAGCCCGGCAACCCGCUCAAGUCCUUCAACUGGUCCAAGUUGGCCGAGAAUAAACUCGAAGGCACCGUUUGGAAGGAGGUGGACGACGCCAAGGUCUUCCGAGUUCUGGAUCUGGAGGACAUCGAAAGGACCUUCUCGGCCUAUCAGAGGCAGCAGGACUUCUUUGCGAUCAAUAACAGCAAGCAGAAAGAUCCGGAGGACGACACGCCGAGCUCCCGAAAGGUGAAGGAGCUGUCGGUGAUCGACGGCCGCCGGGCGCAGAACUGCAACAUCCUCCUCUCGAGGCUGAAGCUGUCCAACGACGAGAUCAAGCGGGCCAUCCUCACCAUGGACGAGCAGGAGGACCUCCCGAAAGACAUGCUGGAGCAGCUGCUGAAAUUUGUGCCGGAGAAGAGCGACGUGGACCUCCUGGAGGAGCACAAGCACGAGCUGGACCGCAUGGCCAAAGCUGACCGCUUCCUCUACGAGAUGAGCAGGAUCAACCACUACCAGCAGAGACUGCAGUCCCUGCACUUCAAAAAGAAGUUUGCGGAAAGAAUCGCCGAGAUCAAACCCAAAGUGGAAGCGCUGACGAAGGCCUCCGAAGAGGUUUUGCGCAGCAGGAACCUGAAGCAGCUCCUGGAGGUGGUCUUGGCCUUCGGCAACUACAUGAACAAGGGCCAGAGGGGGAACGCGUACGGCUUUAAGGUGUCGUCGCUCAACAAGAUCGCCGACACCAAAUCCAGCAUCGACAAGAACGUCAACCUGCUGCAUUACCUGAUCACCAUCCUGGAGAAGAAAUACCCCAAAGUGCUCCAGUUCCAGGCGGAGCUGCCGAACGUGCCCGAAGCGGCCAAAGUCAACAUGACGGAGCUGGAAAAAGACGUCGGCAACCUGCGGAGCGGCCUGAAGAGCGUGGAGAGCGAGCUGGACUACCAGAAGCAGCGAGCGCAGGAGCGGGGUGACAAGUUCGCGUCUGUGGUGAGCCAGUUCAUCACCGUGGCCAGCUUCAGCUUUUCCGACGUGGAGGACUCGCUGACGGAGGCCAAAGACUUGUUCCUGAAAGCCGUCAAGCACUUCGGCGAAGACGCCAGCAAGAUGCAGCCGGACGAGUUCUUCGGCAUCUUCGACCAGUUCUUGCAGUCGUUCGGCGAGGCGCAGCAGGAGAACGAGAACAUGCGGCGGCGCAAGGAGGAGGAGGAACGCAGGGCCAAAAUGGAAGCGCAGCUCAAAGAGCAGCGGGAGAAGGAACGCAAGGCGCGCAAGGCCAAGGCCAACGGCGAGGACGACGACGGCGGCGGCGGCGAGUUCGACGACUUGGUGUCGGCGCUGCGCUCGGGCGAGGUCUUCGACAAGGACCUGUCCAAGAUGAAGCGCAACCGCAAACGCAUCAACACCCAGAACUCGGACGCCGGGCGUGAGCGGCCCAUCACCAAGCUCAACUUCUAGGAUGGCGGCGUCCGCUCGCCGCUCGCCACCCUUCUCAAGGUUUGCCCCCAAACCCCCCCCCCGGACAGACUUCCUCCGUUCCCACACGUGAACGUUUCAUGACAAACAACAAAGACACCGUUUGAUAGGAUCCGCGACGCUGUUUAGUUUUGUUGUACAAGCGAAACUUCCCUUCAAGGACUACAAAAGCGAGGCCGGUUUCUAUCAAUUCACAGGUGGAGACUCAAAUCCUCAUCAGAGCUUUAACAACUGUGACCCAAAAGUAGCCUUGAAGCAGGACCUUUUCUCAACACCCCCCCACCCCACCUUUUUUUUUUUUUUUAAACAAUUUGACACGUGUGCAGCAUUUAUAUAUAUAUAUAUAUAUAUAUAUAUAUAAUAUCAGAUCACUGUUUGUUAAGAGCUGGCCUUAACUGUCGGGUUUUAUGUGAAUUCGGUACUCCUCCAGCCGGGCCUGGGCCUAAACCGCCCGAACAAUUUGAGUUGUGAUGACGUACGAUACGAUGUUCCGUUCAAAAAGGUUGCGUGCUUGUUACACUUGCACAUGUAAAGUUGUAGUUGCGAUGCUUAAAAAUGCCAUUAAAACCAUAACCCAAGCAAGUCGA